AAUGCAAAGCGUUUGGUUGUGGUAAUAAUGGAUAAAGAACACCACCCGGUAGAGAGAUUUGUGUUUGAGAUCUCCCAGCCUCCACUGCUCUCAAUCAGUUCUGGCACUCUACUAUCUCAUGUGGAGCAGCUGCUGCGAGCAGUCAUCUUAAAGAUCAGUGUUUGUAAUGCUGUUUUAGACAACAAUCCUCCAGGGUGCACAUUUACUGUUUUGGUUUACACUAGAGGAUCUGCCACACGAAACAUGGAGAAAGUUCAAGUGAUCAAGGACUUUCCAUGGAUUGUAGCAGAUGAUCAGGAAGUCCUUAUGCAGGAGCCCAGACUCAUCCCUCUGAAAACAAUGACAUCAGACAUAGUAAAGAUGCAACUUUAUGUGGAGGAGCGAGCACACAAAGUACAGCAGAACACAGUAUGAUAACAGGAGAUACUGGGAGGUUGAUUAAUGUUUUGCUCAGGACAACUGAAAGGCGCAUCUGAAAUGUUAGGAGGAGCAGAAAGUCACUGAGUGGUUUUCUGUUUUAUUAUGCACUGAAGCAGAUCUGAAACAUGAUCAUGUUCUAACCGUGCACAGAUGAUUUUUUCAUGUUUCUGGACUAUGUAUUCUGUGACAAGCUUGAUGUUUGCUAAUGUGAUAUUGGUCUGUGAAUGUAUGAACUGAUUAUUAUCAAUUCCUUCAUGUUGGAAAGUGUGACUAAAUGUAGUUUGGUUUAAGUCAAAGUGUAAACCAUUGUGAAUGUUGUGAGGGGUUUAAUGUACAACUGUUUGUAUUAUUUGUAAUAAUUUUUAUCUAAGGGCUCUGAAGUAGCUCAGCGGUCUAUUAUGCUUGCCCAUCACCGCUGAGAUACAGGUUCGAAUCUCAGUCAGCCGGUUGGCGUCUACACAGAAGUAAUUUGCUAUGUCCAGGAGUGUGUGGGUGCCUGAAGCCCUGCGAUGCCCAGUGUUUUCCAGAGUCACCAAACCAGCCACAGCCCUGACGAGGAUAAAACAGUUCAUGAAAAUAAAAUAAAGCAACUGUGAUUAAAUAAAAUAUGUGUAUUUAAAAAAAAAAUGUCCACCUAUUUUAUGUAAGUAUAAUCUUGAUGUAAUUGAAAAAUACUUAUUUCUGAAGUGUUCACUGUGAAUUAUUCUGAGGGUUUUUAAGUUGAGUUGUG